UAAUUUAUUUUAUCUUAAAUAUACUAAUAAAUAAUCAUUCAAAUUUAGCGUAUAUCAGGAAAAUUGAUUGGUGGUGUUGAAAGCGUACAUAUGAAGAAUAACGAUGGACAGAUUUCUAAAAGUUGCGGCAAAUGAAAAAGAUUUUGAUCGAACCGAUGACAAAGAAAAGGAGAAUGUUGAGGAACCGCAAAACCACGUGGGUAAGCGACGUAGCAAGGCUUCGUUGGUGUGGAACCACUUUAAAAAAUGUGCAGGCGGCCAAGAGGCUGUUUGCAACCAUUGUUCGGCCAAAUUAAAAACAAAAGGUAACACCACGAAUCUUUUUCAUCAUCUCAAAAAUAGCCAUAAAUUUUGCGAACUAAAAAAAGGGUGUGACUCUAACUCAAACUCAAACCUUGAAAAUUUUGUGAAAAACGUAAAAAUGUAUGAAAACGGCUCGGCACGAAAAAAUGCAAUAGAUAACGCUAUUGUGCGAAUGAUUGCAAUUGAUUUGCAGCCAUUCAGCCUUGUAGAAGACAGAGAUUUUCGGGACUUAAUAAAUUUGUUGGAUGAGCGUUACAAAAUACCGAACAAAAAAUUUUUCCGUUAUGAGCUUCUUGACAAAAACUACAACAAUAUGAAAGAGCGUCUAAAAUUAGUUUUACAAAACGUAGCGCAUGUCUCUUUGACAGCUGAUUGCUGGACUUCAAAGUCAUUAGACGGAUAUUUAACAGUAACUUGCCAUUUUAUAAAUACAAGUUUCGAUUUAGUCUCGGCAGUCUUGACAACGCGUAAACUUUUGACGUCUACAAACCAUACAGCAAAAAAUUUAGCAGAAACAUUAUUAGCUGUGAUCCAAGAAUGGGAUAUAAACAACAAAAUUGUGUGCAUCGUAACUGACAAUGAUGCCACAAUUAAAAAGUCUUGCGAGUUGCUGCAAAUAAAAAACUUGCCAUGUUUUUCACACACGUUGAACCUAGUUGUUCAAGAAGUUUUAAAGUUGCCGAGCUUAAAUGAUAUACUUGUUAAAUGCAAGCGCAUAGUGUCUUUCUUCAAAUCAAGCACUGUGGCAAAUGCAAAAUUGAAAGAGGCGCAAAAUGUAGAUAAGCCAUUGGGUGUACUUCAAGAAGUUCCUACCAGAUGGAACAGCGCAUUUUUAAUGAUGGAGCGGAUAAGAAUUUUAAACGCCUUUAUUGGUAAAGUACUUCUCGAUUCACCUAAAGCUCCACUUCCGUUGUCGUCAGAUGAAAUCGAAUCAAUUUCCGAGCUUAUAGGUAUUUUGAAACCAUUUAAUGAUGCAACUCUGCAAGUAUCAGGAAAUAAAACGGUAACUGUUUCUUUGAUAAUUCCAGUGAUAGCCGAACUUCAUCAAAAAAUGUAUCAUCUUGGUAGCAAAGUUAAAUCUGAGUGUGCCAAAGAAGCCAUAAAACAAAUAUCAAAACGAUUGCCUGAACGGUUCGCAGCUUACGAAAAAAGGACCAUACCCAAAAUAGCAACUUUGAUUGACCCUCGUUUUAAAAAAGAUGGUUUUUUGCAAUCUUUUAAUGCCGACGAAGCUGCAAAGGCUUUAGAACAAGAACUUUCAGAAAAAUUGUCCUCAAUAUCUUCAAAUACGCAUUCAACACCACCCGAUCUUCCAAAACGAGCACGUUUUGAAUUUCUACAAAGCAAAAUUGCAUCCAAGCCCAGCUCCAACAGAGCAGAUGCAAUUAUUUUGCUAAGGCAAUAUUUGCUUAAAGCAAAUGCCGACGAGGAUCUGAAUCCUUUGCAUUUUUGGAAGAACACUGACGAAGAAAUUUGGAAAGUUAUGAUCAAGAAACAUAUGUGCGUUCCAGCCACAUCAUGCGAAUCUGAACGGAUGUUCAGCAAGGCCGGGCAGCUCAUCUCUGAUCGAAGGUGCUCGCUGAAGCCUGCCGUUGUCGACAAAUUACUUUUUAUAAACAGAAAUAUGGAUCUCAAAUUUAAUUAAUUGUUAUUUUAUUUUUAA